AAGGAGGAGGAGGCGGCUGCUAGCGCUCGCCCUCCCUCCUUCCCUCCAUCCCUCCCUCCCUCGCCCCUGCCUUCGCCAUGCAUAGCCCCCCCUGAGCCCCGCAGCGCCCCAGGGACCUGCCAUCCCCAGGGUGCCCAGCAGCCCUCACCCUCCUGCCACCCACCGGGGCCUUCGGCCUCUGCCCCCUUCCUCCUCCUCCUCCUCCUCCCGCAGCCACCACCCUCUCUCCUUCCCCAGGGCCUGGCUGGCAUGGAGGUUCUGGCCGCAGGGAGCCGGAUGCUUCCCGCGGCUCCUGCCUCCUCCCCGGGCUGCAUCCCUCCUGCCUGGCAUCCCUCCUCCCCGACAAAGCCCUGAGCCGCUCAGCAGCCACCUCCUUUGUGCACCGAAGCGGGUGUGCGUGCUCCGUCCCCCAGCCCAGAGCCCCCCGGCUCCCUCCGCUUGGCGGGGACGGUGGGGAAGCGGGAGAGAUGCUGCCCUCGCCGGAGGAGCCAAGCACGGGAGGUCGGCGGCGAGAAGCAGCGCCUGGCACCGGCCGAUGCUGACAUCCCCCCCAAGAACUGCCAGACCCUCUGCUUCUGUGCCAGGGCUCCCACCCCGCCAUGCCCCAGCAGAGCCGUGGCCCCACCACCCAGGGCUCCCCAAUCAAUCCCGCAUGCCACCAGUCCAUCCAUCCUACGCCAUGAGCAGGGCCGUGCCGUUCCCCUGCAUCAGGGCACGUAGCUGAGGGAUGGCCUCGCUGGACCUGCCCUACCGGUGUCCGCGGUGCGGGGAGCACAAGCGCUUCCGCAGCCUCUCCUCGCUGCGGGCGCACCUGGAGUACAACCACACCUAUGAGACCCUCUACGUCCUCUCCAAGACCAACAGCAUUUGCGAUGCCGCCGUCUUCCCCUUGGCCGCCGACGGGGCCCUACUGACGCCAGCCGCCCGGCGGGACUAUUUUGAGAGCACUUCUUUCCAAGGCAAGGACCAGCGCUUCUCCUGCGACCUCGUCCCCGCCGAGGAGCUGGAGCCGGCCCCGUCGUCCUCUCCGUCACCCCGCUAUGUCCACGAGAUCGAGAUCCCGCUGACGGAGAUAUUCACCCGGGGCAAAGCCGUGGCACCGGCACCCGCUCCACCGGCCACUAUGGAUGCUGCCUACGAGGAAGGCUUGGCCCGCCUGAAGAUCCGCGCCUUUGAGAAGCUGGAGGUGGACAAGCGGCUGGAGAAGCUGACGGAGGAGGUGGAGCAGAAGAUCGCCUCGCAGGUGGGACGGCUCCAGGUGGAGCUGGACCGCAAGAGCUCGGAGCUGGAGAAGGCCAAGCAGGAGAGCCUGAGGCUCAGCCGUGAGAAGCAGGAGCUGGAGGACCGGGCAUCUGAACUGUCCCGCCAGGUGGACGUCAGUGUGGAGAUGCUGGCCUCCCUCAAGCAGGACCUGGUGCAGAAGGAGCAGGAGCUGACCCGCAAGCAACAGGAAGUGCUGCAGAUCGACCAGUUCCUGAAGGAGACGGCCGCCCGCGAGGCCAACGCCAAGGUGCGCCUCCAGCACUUCAUCGAGGAGCUGCUGGACCGGGCGGACCGGGCUGAGAAACAGCUCCAGAUCAUCAGCAGCAGCUGCGGCACCACCCCAAAUGGCAGCCUGGGACGCUGCGGCACACCGGGGGCCAAGGCCGCCGGCCGACUGGUACCUCCGCGGGCACAGAGAGACCGGCACCCGGGGCCGGGGGCAGUCAUGCAUGGUCCUUACGGCGUGUCCAACCAGCGCUCCUCCUCCAGCACCGGGGCCUCAAGCCGGGCCAAAGCUGUGUCGCAGAGCUCGGGCUGCUACGACAGCGACAGCGCGGAGCCGUGCCCCACCGAUGACACCGCCGACGGGCAUCCCUACCCGGCGCGGGACAGCGCCCGGGGCUCGGGGCUGCGCCGGCAAGCCAUCCAAAACUGGCACCGCCGGCCCUACCGCAACAGCACCGAGGGCGAGGAGGGCGACGUCUCCGAUGUGGGCUCCCGCACCACCGAGUCGGAGGCCGAGGGCUGGGAGCCAGAUGCACCCGGAUCUGCCGCAUCCCGACCCGCCGGCAGCUGCCGGCUGACGGGUGAGACCGCACCGGGCUCUUCUGGUGGGGUGGGAGGACAGGGAGGCUGGGAGGUGGGGGACGGGGAUGGCUCCUUGGCUCUGCAAGGAGCAUCCCCUCCCCGCCAUCCUCCCCAGCUGCCAGUGGCAACUGGUGGUGGGUGUCCCACAGCCAGGACCAAGGGGGCUGGGGGCAAGGUGGGCCGGCUGGAGAGGGGCAGCCCGGGCCACUCCAGUGAGGUGAUCAGCCCUGAGAUCCUCAAGAUGCGGGCGGCUCUUUUCUGCAUCUUCACCUACCUGGACACCAAGACCCUGCUGCGGGCAGCCGAAGUGUGCAAGGACUGGAAGUUCGUGGCCCGGCACCCGGCCGUGUGGACACGGGUGCUGCUGGAGAACGCCAGGGUGUCCUCUAAGUUCCUGGCCAUGCUGUCUCAGUGGUGCACCCAGAUGCAUUCCCUCACCCUCCAAAACCUGAAGCCCCGCCAGCGAGGGAAGAAGGAGAGCAAGGAGGACUACAUGAAGAGCACGCGGGGCUGCCUGGAAGCCGGGCUGGAGUCCCUGCUGAAAGCCACGGGCAGCAACCUGCUCAUCCUCCGCAUCUCGCACUGCCCCAACGUGCUGACGGACCGCUCGCUCUGGCUGGCCAGCUGCUACUGCCGCGCUCUGCAGGCUGUCACGUACCGGAGUUCUACGGACCCUGUGGGUCAUGAAGUCAUCUGGGCCCUUGGAGCAGGUUGCAGGGACAUCAUCUCCCUCCAGGUCGCACCUCUGCAUCCAUGCCAGCAGCCGACGCGUUUCAGCAACCGCUGCCUUCAGAUGAUCGGACGGUGCUGGCCGCACCUGCGGGCGCUGGGCAUUGGAGGGGCAGGCUGCGGUGUCCAGGGACUGGCAUCCUUAGCACGAAACUGCAUGCGGCUUCAGGUCCUGGAGCUGGACCACGUGGCGGAGAUCAACCAGGAGGUUGCAGCAGAGGUGUGUCGAGAGGGGCUGAAGGGGCUGGAGAUGCUAGUGCUGACCUCCACACCAGUCACCCCCAAAGCCCUGCUGCACUUCAACAGUGUGUGCCGGAACCUGAAGUCCAUCGUCGUGCAGGUGGGCAUUGUGGACUACUUCAAGGAGCCCCACAGCCCUGAAGCCAAGAAGAUGUUUGAAGAAAUGGUGAACAAACUCCAGGCCCUGAGGAAGAGACCUGGCUUCUCCAAGAUUUUACACAUCAAAGUGGAAGGAGGCUGUUAGACCUUCAGGGAACCACAAAGCACAUUCCCUCCUCUGCCCGGCGGAGCCAGAGGCCUCGCGAAACCAAACCCACCGUCCACCGCUCAUCCAUUGCUGGACCUGGAGCACGGAGACGCUGGUCCAUGCACAAAAAAACCCCAGACUCUUGCAGGCCUUAGUGACUGCCAGCCGGCGCUCAUCCCCAGGGCCAGCUCACGGGCGAGAAGGUGCUACUUAAGGAAUUUUUUUGGCUGCCCCAAGAGGCAGGGCUAUGCUCUUUCCUGGGAGGGAAGAUGGCUUCGAACCCCUCGUGGCUGCUCAUUGCCAAGGAUCCUUGUUUGGGGAAUGCCUUUUUCUUCGAACUCUCUUUCUGGAGUGGGGAGGGUUUGCUGUUUGAUGGUGUGGAAGCUGAGGGUGGCUCAUCCCAUCCCUGCGGGCUCUCUGCAGAGCGCCGGGCUCGGCGCCGCUGCAUCAUGGCUGGACCAUCCCCGUCCUCUCCGUAGGCUCAUGGAUGUUGGGCGGGAAGGGGCCGUUCCUCCAGAGGAAAUGGUGCCCAGCAUUCCUGCAGGGUUUCCGCUCGUUUUCAUUUCAUUUGUUUAACGGAGGGGCACCCAAACCUGGGUAAACACUGCCCAGAAACCAGCAGCCACGACAGCACAAGCUGGGAUGCCAGAGCUGCAUCUCGGGGGCUGUAGGAGCCAGAGGACACCAGGAGUGGUGGUCGCUCUUCCAGAGGUUUCCAGCCUCACCUCCUCUCCACCCAGACCUUCCUGCCAAGGCAAUAAACCAUCUCCAAAAUCCUCGUCCACCAGGAAACACGGGUCAUGCUUCUGUCCCCACCAACAUCCACCACCCGCUCAGGUUUCCUCCGGAGCGAGUUGUCCCAUGAGGAGAGAGGGACUGGCAUGGGACACCCACAUUUGCCAUCUCAUCACCUUGCUGAGCAGCUUGAAGGAGAAACCCAGGUCAAAUUGUCCCAAAAUCCAAAGCUGCUGGUGAAAAUGUCAGCCCAACUGCCCUAUGGCCACGGCUUUUUUUUUAAUUCUGCUUUUUUCUUCUGGCUGUCUUCUGCCUGCAAGGACAUCAUCCCUCCCAAAAUACCUUUCUUUUUCCAAAGGAAGAGGCUUUUGAAAGGCAUCCAGCAGGGUCAGCACCCUCCACCCCGGGGAGAAGGUGCCAGGAGGUGCCCACGCCAUGGGGAACACCCAUCACAGCACUGCCAGCAGCAGGGACACACCGGCCUUAACCACAGCCCCCUGCCACCCCCAGCCCCAACCAGGUGUGCUUCGACCCGACGUGCUGAGCUGAGAGGGGCUGACUGGGAAAAGCAGAUUUUUGGGGGUUUGUCCUCUUCUCUGGACCGUUGCUGGAGGUUUCAGUGCCUGUUGGCCAGCGUGGCUGUGAGAAGACAGCCGUUCCCGGCGCACCUCCCCUUCCUCCAGCCCUCCCAGGGCGAUGGGCUGCCUUGGAGCUUCCCCCCACCCCCAGGAGGGAGGAGGUUGCAGACCCAUCCUGGUACCACCUUCCUCAUCCACAUCACGAGAGCUGCAGACCUCAGCCGGGGACUCCCAGCAUGCCAACAGCCCCCAAUAGAAAAUAAAAUGUAUUCCAAAUCGCUGAAGCUGGUGGUGGGCUGGAGGCAGCUCUGGGGUCUCCAACCCCAGAAGGCACCUGAGGAGACCAUGUCAUCCUCCCCUCAUCCCCUCUGUGCCAUCUCCUCCGAAGCAGGGUAGGGGGCCAUAACCCCCCAUUUGAAGCACCUCCGUUCCCCCACUGAUGGCAGCUUUCCAGGAGAAGGCUGUUCCCCGUAUGCACAAAAUAUGGGAGCGCAAAAAAAUACCUGCAAGAAAUUACCGCGUCCCACCAUGCCACCACAGGCAGCAUUGGACGAGCUCCCCGGCACUGGGGGUGAGCUCCCCGUCGUGCCCGCGGUGGGUUUACCUCCACCCCGGGGAGGCUGAGACAUGCGUGAUCCAGGGGCAAGAGGAGCGAGGGAUGCCCCGACCAGCAAAAAACCAAACACCCAGCAACAGCUACAGUCCCCCGGGGACCACCCGGCCACCAUCCCACGAACACGGUCCCAGAGGAGAUGUUACCAUUUGAAACAGCGCAGAGACUUGCGAAAUUCCCUUAAAAAAAAAACAAAACAACAAA